AACUCACAGAGAUUCACCUGCCUCUGUCUCCUAAGUGCUAGGGUUAAAGGUCUGCGCCACUACCACCCAGCUGUAUUGUACAAGAUUGAACCAGCUAUCUAUUUCCACAGUUUGAAAAUCUCAGUUCAUGAAACAAGAUUCUGAAUCUGGAAUGUGAAUUUCCAGGAAGGGAGGCUAGGGACCCAAAGAGCAUGCAAGAUGUUCUGAGAACCCCAAGUGCCUCUUGCUCUGAGCUUUUAUUAGAAGUAAGUACUUGAAAAGAUACAAUAUAAUCAUUAAGCCACGUAGAUAAGGAAUAGAGUGCUUUGCUUAAUGGAUCACCAGGGAUAACAAAGACAAUGAAAUAUGGAGAGAAACAUGUGAACAUAACAAGCCCAUAUGUCUUAAGAAAUAGCCCAUUUCAGCUUCUUUAAGCGGAACAUCUGUUAUACAGAUAAUUUCCUUUUGUCCUUAUGAGUCAGAGUGCUUUAGAUAUAGAAUGUGUUUCUUUCUCAGUUGAGGCUGUUGGAACCUGAAUAUGAUAGCACAUGCCUGUGAUCCCAACACUUAAGGAAAGAGAAGCAUAAGGAUGAGGUGUUCAAGCCAAGGUCAUCCUUGGCUAUAUAAUAAGGUUGAGGCCAACCUGGUACCUAUGAGAAACUGUUGAAGUCAAGAAAUAACAGCAAAAAGAUUUUAUGGGGGAAAAAAUCCAAUUAUUUUUCUUAUUCCUAAACAGGGAAGAGAAACAGCAUUUGUUGAAUGUGAUGUUCACCUUAAAUAUUUUUAAAGGGUAUUUGUAUAUGUUUUUUCAUGAGGUGCUUUAUAUGAAGAUACCUAUAGGAGAAAAUUGGCACAUACUCACACAUCAUCACUUAAUUUUUUGUUACCUCUCUGUGUCAGAAGCCUCACUCUGUGUACUUGGCAGUGUCCUUUAUGGAAUACUCCUUUUCAUCUCCCCCUCUAUUAAGGAAUUGUGUCCUUUAUUUCUACAGCUAGUAAUUGUUUGUUUUCUUAGAAAUCAGUGACGUUUAGUGAUGUUGCUUUGACUUCUCUCAGGAAAAAUGGAAAUGCUUGGACUCUAUUCAAAGGGAUUUGCACAGAGAUGUGAUGUUUGGAAAAUUAUAGUAACUUGGUGUCAGUAGACUUGCCUUCUAGGUGUUUGAAUAAGGACUUAUCUUCAAAAUAGCACACUAAGAAAUCAGAAUUACCUCAGUGGGAAAUGAGUGACAGGUUCAAAUACCUAAGACUAAUUCUUAGAAGAUAUUUGGAAUUUGAAGUUGGAUUAGAGAAGGAACAAGAAGGAAUAUUACAGAAAAGAGAUGAUAACAUAUGACAAAAUGUCUAUUUUUAGCCCACAUACUUAUUUAUCUCAGCAUCCAAGAAGUUAUUCUACAGAGAAACCCUAUAAAUGUGAGGAAUGUGGAAAAGCCUUCAGACGAGCCUCACACCUAACUCAGCAUCAGAGUAUUCAUACUGGUGAGAAACCUUAUGAAUGUAAGCAGUGUGGGAAAGCCUUUAGUCGUGAUUCUCAGCUAAGUCUACAUCAAAGACUUCAUACCGGUGAGAAACCCUAUGCAUGCAAGGAAUGUGGAAAGGCUUUUACUCAAAGUUCACAACUUAUUUUACACCAUAGGAUUCAUACAGGUGAAAAACCAUAUAGGUGUGAAGAAUGUGGUAAAGCCUUUAUUCGAAGCUCACAACUCAGCCGACAUCAAAAAGUCCAUACUGGUGAGAAACCUUUUGAAUGUAAAGAAUGUGGAAAGGCUUUCACUCAGAAUUCACAGCUUACUCUGCACCAGAGACUCCAUACUGGUGAGAAGCUUUAUGACUGUAAAGAAUGUAGGAAGGUCUUUACUCAGCUUUCACAGCUUAUUCUCCAUAGAAGAAUUCAUACUGGUGAGAAACCUUAUGAAUGUAAAGAAUGUGGAAAGGCUUUUAUUUGUGGUUCACAGCUUUCACAGCAUCAGAAAAUUCAUAAUGGAGAAAAGCCAUAUGAAUGUAAGGAAUGUGGAAAGGCUUUUAUUCGAGGCUCACUACUUAUGCAACAUCAAAGAAUUCAUACUGGUGAAAAACCCUAUAAAUGUGAUGAAUGUGGAAAGGCUUUUAUCCGUGGUUCCCAACUUACUCAACAUCAAAGGAUUCAUACUAAUGAAAAACCUUAUGAAUGUAAAGAAUGUGGAAAGACAUUUAGUCAUGGCUCACAACUUACUCAACAUCAGAGAAUUCAUACCGGUGAGAAACCCUAUCAAUGUAAGCAGUGUGGAAAAGCCUUUAAUCGUGGAUCACUCCUUACUCGACAUCAGAGGAUUCACACUGGUGAAAAACCCUAUGACUGUAAAGAGUGUGGAAAAAAUUUUAGUCGGGGCUCAGAACUUACUCAGCAUGAGAGAAUCCACACUGGUGAGAAGCCCUAUGAGUGUAAGGAAUGUGGAAAAUCUUUCAUUCGUGGCUCACAGCUUACUCAACAUCAAAGAAUCCAUACUGGUGAAAAACCUUAUGAAUGUAAAGAAUGCAGAAUGGCCUUUACUCAGAGUUCACAUCUUUCUCAACAUCAGAGACUUCAUACUGGUGAGAAACCCUAUGUAUGCAGUGAAUGUGGCAAAGCCUUUGCUCGUGGAUUACUACUUAUACAACAUCAGAGAAUUCAUACUGGUGAAAAACCCUAUCAGUGUACGGAAUGUGGGAAGGCCUUUAUUCGUGGUUCACAGCUUACUCAACAUCAGCGAACUCACACUGGAGAAAAACCUUAUGAAUGCAAGGAAUGUGGGAAGGCCUUUGGUCAUGGCUCUCAACUUACUCUACAUCAGAGAAUCCAUACAGGUGAGAAGCCCUAUGAAUGUAAAGAAUGUAGAAAAGCCUUCACUCAGAGCUCACAUCUUUCUCGGCACCAACGAAUUCACACUGGUGACAAACCAUUUCAAUGUAAAGAAUGUGAGAAGGCCUUUACUCGUGGGUCACAAUUAAUGCAACAUCAGAGAAUUCAUAGCAAUGACAAAUCUUUUGACUGUAAAGAAUGUGGAAUAGACUUUAGUCAUCAUUCACAAAUUUUUAUUUGAGUUAACUUAUUCUUUUCAAGUAUAGCUUUCCCUGGUCACUCAUUAUCAGUAAAGAAUUCUUACAAAUGUUGCUACAGGAUUCAUAAAGUUCAGCAUUUGAAAAUUUAUAUAGGAGAAUAGAAAUGCUGAUAUAAUCCACAUAGGUAAGCCUUUUGUUUAUAACUGUAUUACAUUUUAGCAAAUUAAAAUAGAAAGUGAUUUUGUUACCAUGGAAUAGAAAGGUCUUUAGCAUAGAAAAUGUCUGUAUCAACGUUAUUUUGGUCCUAUCAGUUCAUUUCCUUUGUGGCAUUUGUUAUAAAUAACCUUACUUUGGUUUAAUCAUUUGUAAGGUAAAUCUAAGACCAGUUUUUUCAUAUCAUGUUUUAACAUGUAAAAGCACUUAGAACAGUGCCUUGAACAUUGCAUAUCAUAAACAUUAGGUGCUAUUUUCAUUAUUGUGAUUUUAGAGGAUGUGCAUGAAAGAAAGGAACUUAUCAGUGUAGUUAACAUUAAGAACUCUUUCAUUAUGAUUUAUCCUAGACAAAUUAUUAUACACGGUCAUCAUUGUGAGAAAACAUUCAUCCAAAUCUCAUAUAUUUAUUAUAAAAGGAAAUUUAUAGUAUAAAGAAACCCUGUGGUAUUAAUGGGUUAUUGAGCACCACUGUUACAGAAUUUAGGAGAGGUAUGAUUGAUUUGUCACAAAGUCCCAAAACUUACAUGUUUUACAAUAUUUGAUGUCAACUCAAAAAUAUUAUUUACAAAUGAUGAACUAAAUACUCAAGAUAAAUCUAGGAAAUAAGGGAAACUUGAAUAUGUAGUUUGUUAACUGAAAGUAAAAAGUUAUAUCCAUAGACUACAUUUUAUUUACAAUGAAAAAAAUACUGAUGUGUUUGUAUCAAAGACUGCUAUUCUACCCAAUUUUCAUUUGCCUUUCCAUCACAAAAACCCUAGGCAAAAAAAAAAAAAAAAAAAAAAAAUCCUAUCUCAGUCUCCAUUGCAGGUCAGCAAGAUGAAAAUGGCAUUUGUAUGAGUAGAAUAUUUAAGAAAUCCUUCCUCUCUGUUUCUUUUCUUUCCCCUUCUUAACACUGUAGGCAUCUGAGGUGGAGCCCAGAUAGCCUCAUGAGGAUUUUGGAAGUGGUAUCUGGGUGUUAUGGAUGGUGGAGUCUGCAACCCUGCUGAUUUUGUGAACAGUCAUUCCAACUCUACUCUGCCUAUGUAUUUCUUUAUUUAAUAUUAAAGUAACCCUCAUACUUGUU